CCCGCGCAGGUGUCAGGCGCGGCCGCAGCGCGAGCAGCGGCGGCGCUGAGGGAGCACGAGCAGCGCUUUGCCGCGGCGGCGGCGACGGCCGCGGUGGAGGAGGAAGGCGAAGAAGAGAAGGAGGAGGCGGCGGCAGGCUGGUGGGUUUGCGUGUGGCGUUGUGCAAAGAUUAGAAACAGAAACAAUAGAGGAAAAUCACCCCCCCUGGAUCUUAGCCUUGGCCUUUUGCAAGCAAACAGAAGAGGAGCUGUCAGGCUUUGCAUGUCAAGUAGCCACUCGGCUGUUUGACAGCUUCUGGGUUUCAACCCCACUGGGAUUGAGGCAGCUCAGGAAACCAUGAGCGAUGAGUCUUGUCAUCUGCUGACGCUGCUCUAGCACCAUGGCAGACAGUCCGUGAUCUGACAAGAGGAUCUGUCCUAGGGAGGCAGCGCUGGGAUUGGUAAUUGGCUUCCUGGGAAACUACAGCUGGCAGAGAGGAUGUAAAAAGAGGUGUGCACGUGCUGGGAUAUUGCUACAGUCUUGCUGAGUUGGUGGAUCCACUUGGAGGAGGGUUUUGCCACCGCUCUUGGUUUUUCUCCUAGUUUGGUAAUGUUUGCUUUGGGAAAAAUUUCUGCUGACUCACCCACUCCUGGACACCUUUUGCGAACCCUGGCCAAGCAGUGAAGAGACUCAACGGCAUCUUCCCUCAGGUGCAGGUCCCCUCUGGUGGCCCUAAACCCCAUCCUGUGGGGCACUCGCAGCCCCCUGCCCCAGGGAGUCCUCUGCAGUGACCCCCGCACGUGGGGGCGGGGGUGAGCGUGCCCAGACUUUCCAGCGUGGCCUGUGCCCGGCAAGAUUUUACCCUGUCUGCCACCGGGGCCCCAGUGCCGUCCCCCGCCGGCCCUGCCGCCCCACUCGCCCGCCCCAGGCCGCGCAGGAUGGGGCCGGCGCUGGUGCGGCGCGGGGGCUGCCUGCUGCUCUGGCUGGCCCUGCUGCUGGGUUGCUGGGCCGAGCUGGGCAGCGGGCUGGAGUUCCCGGGGGCUGAGGGCCAGUGGACCCGCUUCCCCAAGUGGAAUGCCUGCUGCGAAAGUGAGAUGAGCUUCAACAUGAAGACGCGCAGCUCCAGCGGGCUGGUGCUCUACUUUGAUGAUGAGGGCUUCUGCGACUUCCUGGAGCUCAUCCUCACCCAAGGCGGGCGGCUGCAGCUCAGCUUCUCCAUCUUCUGUGCUGAGCCUGCCACCCUGCUCUCCGACACUGCGGUCAACGACAACCUCUGGCACGCCGUUGUCAUCCGACGCCACUUCAAGAACACGACGUUGAUCAUUGACCGGGCCGAAGCCAAGUGGGUGGAAGUGAAGUCCAAGCGGCGGGACAUGACUGUCUUUAGCGGCCUCUUCUUAGGGGGGCUCCCACCAGAGCUGCGGUCAGCGACGCUAAAGCUGACGCUGUCCUCUGUAAAGGACAGGGAGCCCUUCAAGGGCUGGAUAACGGAUGUCCGGGUCAACUACACGCAGGCGUCGCCAGUGGAGAGCCAGGAGGUGCGGCUGGAUGAUGAGCAGAGCCGCCUGUGCGCCAGGGAGGACGUCUGCCUCAACGGGGGUGUCUGCUCCGUGCUCAACGACCAGGCCGUCUGUGACUGCUCCCAAACGGGCUUUCGGGGCAAGGACUGCAGUGAAGAAGACAACUAUGUGGAAGGUCUGGCGCACCUGAUGAUGGGCGACCAAGGUAAAAGUAAAGGAAAAGAAGAAUAUAUUGCAACAUUCAAAGGAUCAGAAUACUUCUGCUACGAUCUGUCUCAGAAUCCCAUACAAAGUAGCAGUGACGAAAUAACUCUGUCCUUUAAAACGCUUCAGAGGAACGGACUGAUGCUUCACACAGGAAAAUCGGCUGAUUAUGUCAAUCUUGCACUGAAAAAUGGAGCCGUCUCCUUGGUCAUUAAUUUGGGCUCGGGGGCCUUUGAAGCACUGGUGGAACCCGUGAAUGGGAAAUUCAAUGACAAUGCCUGGCAUGAUGUGAAAGUAACCAGGAAUCUGCGUCAGCACUCAGGCAUUGGACACGCUAUGGUAAACAAACUACAUUGUUCGGUGACAAUAUCAGUGGAUGGAAUUCUGACCACAACGGGCUACACGCAAGAAGACUACACCAUGCUGGGCUCUGAUGACUUUUUCUAUGUUGGAGGCAGUCCUAGCACAGCAGACCUCCCAGGGUCACCAGUCAGUAACAACUUUAUGGGCUGUCUCAAAGAGGUUGUAUAUAAAAAUAAUGAUGUCAGGUUGGAGUUAUCUCGACUUGCCAAGCAAGGAGAUCCUAAAAUGAAGAUUCAUGGAGUUGUAGCAUUUAAGUGUGAGAAUGUUGCAACCUUAGAUCCAAUCACGUUUGAAACACCAGAGUCUUUCAUCUCAUUGCCAAAGUGGAAUGCCAAGAAAACGGGCUCCAUAUCAUUUGACUUCCGUACAACCGAGCCAAAUGGCUUGAUUCUGUUCAGCCACGGAAAACCAAGGCACCAAAAAGAUGCCAAACACCCCCAGAUGGUGAAAGUUGACUUUUUUGCUAUCGAGAUGCUUGAUGGCCACCUCUACCUGCUGUUAGACAUGGGAUCAGGUACCAUAAAAAUAAAAGCUUUGCAGAAGAAGGUGAACGAUGGCGAAUGGUAUCAUGUAGAUUUCCAGCGGGAUGGGCGGUCAGGGACCAUAUCUGUGAACACGCUGCGUACACCGUACACUGCACCAGGGGAAAGCGAAAUCCUUGACUUGGAUGAUGACUUGUAUCUGGGAGGCUUACCAGAAAACAAAGCAGGCCUUGUCUUCCCAACAGAGGUGUGGACAGCACUUCUCAACUACGGCUAUGUCGGCUGCAUCAGAGAUUUAUUUAUCGAUGGUCAAAGCAAGGAUAUUCGACAGAUGGCUGAAAUUCAGAGUACAGCAGGAGUCAAACCCUCAUGCUCAAGAGAAACUGCAAAGCCUUGCCUUAGCAACCCCUGUAAGAACAAUGGUGUGUGCAGGGAUGGGUGGAACAGAUACGUUUGUGAUUGCUCUGGUACAGGGUACCUUGGCAGAUCGUGUGAAAGAGAGGCAACCAUUUUAAGCUAUGAUGGAAGCAUGUUCAUGAAAAUCCAGCUGCCUGUGGUGAUGCAUACAGAGGCCGAAGAUGUUUCUUUACGGUUCAGGUCUCAACGAGCUUACGGCAUUUUAAUGGCGACCACCUCUAGGGAAUCUGCAGACACCCUGCGCUUAGAGCUGGAUGCAGGACGAGUCAAACUGACGGUCAACCUAGACUGUAUCAGGAUUAACUGUAAUUCCAGCAAAGGUCCAGAGACCCUUUUUGCUGGCUAUAACCUCAAUGAUAAUGAGUGGCACACAGUGCGUGUGGUUCGGCGAGGAAAGAGUUUAAAGUUAAUGGUGGAUGACCAGCAGGCCAUGACAGGUCAAAUGGCUGGCGAUCACACCCGGCUGGAGUUCCACAACAUAGAAACAGGAAUCAUAACCGAGCGGCGCUACCUGUCUUCCGUGCCUUCCAAUUUCAUUGGGCAUCUGCAGAGUCUUACAUUUAAUGGCAUGGCCUACAUUGACUUGUGUAAAAACGGAGACAUCGAUUAUUGUGAGCUAAAUGCAAGAUUUGGGUUCAGGAACAUCAUAGCAGACCCUGUAACCUUUAAAACAAAAGCAAGUUAUGUUGCAUUGGCCACGCUCCAAGCGUACACAUCUAUGCACCUUUUUUUCCAGUUCAAAACCACCUCCCUGGAUGGAUUGAUACUUUAUAACAGUGGCGAUGGAAAUGAUUUCAUUGUGGUUGAGUUAGUAAAAGGGUAUUUGCACUAUGUGUUUGACUUGGGGAAUGGUGCAAAUCUUAUCAAAGGAAGUUCUAACAAACCCCUGAAUGACAACCAGUGGCACAAUGUGAUGAUCUCAAGGGAUACCAACAAUCUCCACACUGUAAAGAUCGACACUAAAAUCACAACGCAGAGCACAGCAGGAGCCAGAAAUUUAGACCUCAAAAGUGAUUUGUAUAUUGGAGGGGUGGCCAAAGAAAUGUAUAAGUCCUUGCCAAAACUGGUGCAUGCAAAAGAGGGAUUCCAAGGCUGCCUUGCAUCAGUUGACUUGAAUGGCCGACUCCCUGAUCUCAUCUCAGAUGCUCUCUUCUGCAAUGGACAGAUAGAAAGAGGAUGUGAAGUUGCAUUGAUGAAAGCUGAUUUGCAAGGACCCAGCACAACGUGCCAAGAGGAUUCCUGUGCAAACCAGGGAGUGUGCUUACAGCAGUGGGAUGGAUUCAGCUGUGACUGUAGUAUGACCUCCUUCAGUGGACCCCUGUGCAAUGACCCGGGAACAACAUACAUCUUUAGCAAAGGUGGUGGACAGAUCACUUACACGUGGCCUCCUAACGACCGGCCAAGCACUCGUGCGGACAGGCUGGCGAUAGGGUUUAGUACCGUUCAAAAGGAAGCCGUGUUGGUGCGAGUGGACAGCUCUACUGGGCUGGGAGACUAUUUAGAGCUGCACAUUCACCAGGGGAAAAUUGGAGUUAAAUUUAAUGUUGGAACUGAUGACAUCUCUAUUGAAGAGAUCAACGCAAUCAUUAAUGAUGGGAAAUACCAUGUAGUACGUUUCACUAGGAGUGGUGGCAAUGCCACAUUACAGGUGGACAACUGGCCAGUUAUUGAACGCUACCCAGCAGGAAACAAUGAUAACGAGCGCCUGGCGAUUGCUAGACAGCGAAUUCCAUAUCGACUUGGUCGAGUAGUUGAUGAAUGGCUACUCGACAAAGGGCGUCAGCUCACAAUCUUCAAUAGCCAAGCAACCAUUAAAAUUGGAGGCAAGGAACGUGGUCACCCUUUCCAAGGCCAGCUCUCUGGUCUUUACUACAAUGGCUUGAAAGUUCUGAAUAUGGCAGCAGAAAAUGAUGCCAACAUCAUGAUAGAAGGAAAUGUGAGACUUGUUGGUGAAGUGCCUUCCUCUAUGACAACCGAGUCCACAGCCACAGCGAUGCAGUCUGAGAUGUCCACGUCAGUCAUGGAAACCACCACCACGCUGGCCACCAGCACUGCUAGAAGAGGAAAGGCCCCCACGAAAGAGCCGAUCGGUCAGACCACAGAUGACAUCCUGGUGGCCUCGGCUGAAUGUCCUAGCGAUGAUGAGGACAUCGAUCCCUGUGAGCCGAGCUCAGGUGGGUUAGCAAAUCCUACCAGGGCAGGAGGAGGAAGGGAGUACCCUGGCUCGUCCGAAGUGAUCCGCGAAUCCAGCAGCACAACGGGCAUGGUGGUCGGGAUCGUGGCAGCGGCGGCGCUGUGCAUCCUCAUCCUCCUGUAUGCGAUGUACAAGUACAGGAAUCGAGACGAAGGCUCCUACCACGUCGAUGAGAGUCGAAACUACAUCAGUAACUCAGCACAAUCCAACGGGGCUGUGAUCAAGGAGAAACAGCCCAACAGCGCUAAAAGCUCCAACAAAAACAAGAAAAAUAAGGAUAAGGAGUACUAUGUCUGAUCCCAACAGCUAAAAGAACGCUUGUAUAGAAAUAGUCUUCAUUUUAUCUGAGACAUAAUACAAACUUAUUUACUUUACUUUUUAUGAAGCACAUUCAAAAAAAAAAACAAACCAACAAACAAAAAACAAAACAAAACCAGACAGGGAAUGCAAUCAGAAAGGAAAGACUGUUUUUAAAAACAAGCAUUUUGUGCUCUUGUUUUUCAGAAACAGGAGCUGGUAAAUUCCCUACCAUCCACAGUGUUUUCAUUUACUCUGCCUGUCUUUAUGUUGCUGGAACAUUUCUGAAAGACAAUGGUGACCACCACGCACUCAUAAAGCAAGGAGUAUUACUACAACAUCAAGGCACAAUACGAAACAAAUUAAAACAAACAAAAAAAACAGGAGAAAAAAAAAAAACCAAACUUAAAAAAAAAAAUAAAAGGAAAGAAAAAGAAAGAAAGAAACAAAAAGAAGCUACCUAUGAUUCUGGAUUUAGCCAAAGUGCUAGCUCUUUCAUGAGAAGUAAGUUAGUCUUAUUGUCAGAGAAGACUGUCGUUAAAUGUGGUGACUCAACAAGCAAACGCAAAGAGUUUGCCCUUCUGGUGCAGUGAAGCAGUGAUUGGAAAACUUGCAUUUGAAACAAAGUGCUGGCUUUUCUGAAGACUUUCCGUAGAAACACUUUCAAAAAGCCCCUUUUCUGGUCGUGAGGAAAAUAGUACGGAGGCCUUAUUUUCAAAUACAACAACAGGAGAAAAAAAAACAACCACACAAAACAAAACCAAACUAACCACACACACAGGGAAAAAAACAAUCUGGAAUAUAAGGCACAUUUCCACAAAAAAAAACCAACAACAACAACAACAAAAAAAAAGAACAACAACAACAAAGAAUAAAAAUAAUAUAUAUAUAUUAAAAAAAAGGUAAAAAAAAAAGACAAAAACAAACGAGGGCAUAGAUGCAAUCAUUGGGAAAUUUUCAUGCACGCUUAAUAUGUUAUUACAUAUGUUUAUAUAAAAAAACACAUCUAUAUGUGCUUUCUGGACUGUGAUAAGUGAUGUUUUAUAGCCUGUUGUAUAGAAAAUGCAAACUAUUAUCUGCUCUUCAGCCAUUUUUGGUAAACUCAAUGUUCUAAGUGUUGCUAGGUAUAGAGAGUUUUCUGACAUCUGGAGCAACAGACAUACUUCAGGUUGGGUUUGAUUUUUUUUUGCAGCCAUUAUAAAAUUGUCCAAGAUUUCUUCCCCUUUCUAUGUUUUUUUUUUUCUUUUAAUUUCUUUUUUUUUUUUUUUAAGCUCUUUUCUUUUUUUAAUUUACAGUGUAGUGGUAAUUCUAAGGGGGAUGUGUAUGAAUGUAUAUAAGAGUCAGCUAGAUUUUUUCUUACCUGUACAGCCUCUAUUCUGUUGCAGUUGAGUUUUAGUAGUUUGUAUGAAAGAAGUGGACUAGAAAGCAAAAAUAUCUCUCUACUGUAAUUUGUCUUCUCCUUCCUAUCCCCAUCUCUUGCUCCUGAUAUGCAUCAAUGAAGUUGAUCCGAGUGGCCAAUUUUCAUUAAUUAGCUAAAUAUUUAGUGAGUUCAAACUGGCCUUUGGCUUCCAGUCAAAGCUUCACUAGUGGAGAGCAUGGUUUGCCUUACAGAAACUUUGUUCUUAAGACAUUAUGAGAAUGAGGAGUUUCUUGAGAAUCUUAGGAAGUAUCAUAUAGUGUUUAUCUGGCAUUCAAUUAGGUGACAGCUACUACAGCAUGGGGUGGUGAAAGAUCUAAAAACAAAAGACCUGUUUAAUUUUCCAGGCUGAUUCUACUGCAGAAUUUUACCCCUUUCUCUAAAAAAAAAAUGAAAUUAUGUUGAGGUGCACGAUGGUAUUUUUCAAUGGUGGGCAUUUUGACUUAUGAAAAAGAAGUAUUUUUAGCUAUGUUGGCUGUGUAGCUUUGCAAGGCAUCAGAACCAGGCAAAGAUGAGUUCACCCUGUUUUAAAGCGGCACGUUGCUUUUCUUGCAGAUAUAAAACAUUAAUGCAUUUUAGUUAAACAUAUUCAAUAUGAAGCUGCAAUUUACAUGCUAAACUUUGGGGGGUUUUGUUGGUUUGGGGUUUGGGUUUUUUAUUACUUUUUAAGAUUUUUUUUUUUCCUAGUAUUAUUUCAUUAGGUUCCCAGCAAUAAAUCAUAGCUUAACAUUUUAUUUACACAGAAGUUCAAAGGGAAAUCCAUUAGACAGGAAGAGGGUAGUUCAACAGAAAUCAAUCAAAUCAUUGGAAGGCCUCCUGGGAGGGAUAUAGAUGUUCACACUUUGCAGACAGGAAGGAGGAAUUGAAAAUCAGCUUUAAACAGCAGGCACAAAACGUUUUGUUGUGUGUUAUACGCUGUAGCUGAUGCGAAUGGCUGGGAACUGGUACAGCGAGCAAGCUGGGAGACAGAGCACUUUAAAAAUAGAUGUAGCUGACAUGAAAACACCUUUCUUGAAGGUUGCCCACCACACCGAGGUGUGUCAUGUUGCCUUUGUCAAGCAGUUUGUAAUUUUCAUCAGCAUUUACACAGCAAUGAGAAGGAGGUUCGCAACAUGCAUCUGAUGCUCAUCUCCUAGAUGCUUCUUCACCUGUGGCACCCACCAUUUCUCCCACCUUUGCACAAGAGCUGUACUCAGGGAACAGCAGGGUCAGCCAGGUAUCCUAAAGGUCAUUGCUGGAAGGAAGAGACUUCAGCUGGAGAGGGGGGAAAGAAGAAGUUGAAAGCCAGGUGGUGGUCAGAUUUCAGUGCUGGAAGAUGCAGAGAAGGAAAAGAGCGAUGUGAUGACAAGAUGUGACGGGAUAUGGUUUGGGUGAGAUGCCAUGGUCUUUUCUGCUCGGUAUUGAUUGCAUUAAUGAAAUAGCAUGGGCAGGUCAACUUCCAGGCAGUUGAGUAGAUCAAUCUUUAACUAAAUCCAUACAUCAAGGGGGAAAAAAAAAAAAGAAAAAAAAAAACAAACAUCAAAAACAAAGGAUCUGCUACUACUAUAAUCAGCAAACACGAUGCUAACACUGUUUCUGAAGGUUCUCCUUUUUCCUCUUUAAUUUAAUAACUAAAGAGAAAGCAAAACAAAAGAAAAAACCCACAAAACAAAUAUGGAUGUAAUCAGAAGUGCCAGCAAGUGGAUUUAAGAUUCCUUUUUUUUUUUUUUUUUUGGUUGCUGUUUAAAAACCAGCAGCAACAGCAAACAAACAGACAUAAACCAACUACCUAACAUGCAAUUGGAUCCUUUCUCUAUAAUAACCUAAUUUGUCUGACUGAGAUGGCUUCAUUUCUAUGACUGUCUUGUGUUGCCUUUUUUAACAAAACACUAAAUACCCUGUGAAACUUUUCAACCCUAAGACAUCAAAGAGAGGCCCAAUGCCCCUAACCUUAUAGUGCUUUCUGUGAUAGAUAUUUACCAUUUUUUUAUUUGUUGCAAGGCCAAUUUAUUCAUUUAUUGGAAAUGCUAAGCAAGUGGAAUUUACUGUUUUGUUAAUAAAAAUGUUUCUUAAUACAAA